AUGGGAUCACUGCUUGGGUUCCUGGCUCUGCUGCUGCUGUGGGGCGCCGUGGCUGAAGGCCCAGCCAAGAAGGUGCUGACCCUGGAGGGGGACCUGGUUCUGGGUGGGUUGUUUCCGGUACAUCAGAAGGGUGGCCCAGCAGAGGAGUGUGGUCCUGUCAAUGAACAUCGCGGCAUCCAGCGUCUGGAGGCCAUGCUUUUUGCGCUGGAUCGUAUCAACCGUGACCCGAGCCUGCUCCCAGGAGUGCGCCUGGGUGCGCACAUACUCGACAGUUGCUCCAAGGACACACAUGCUCUGGAGCAGGCACUUGACUUUGUGCGGGCCUCACUCAGCCGGGGCGCCGACGGCUCCCGCCACGUCUGCCCUGACGGCUCUUAUGCCACUCAUGGUGAUGCUCCCACUGCCGUCACCGGUGUCAUCGGCGGCUCCUACAGCGACGUCUCCAUCCAGGUGGCCAACCUCCUGCGGCUAUUUCAGAUCCCUCAGAUCAGCUAUGCCUCUACCAGUGCCAAGCUGAGUGAUAAGUCCCGCUAUGACUACUUUGCCCGCACAGUGCCUCCCGACUUCUUCCAAGCCAAAGCCAUGGCUGAGAUUCUCCGCUUCUUCAACUGGACCUAUGUAUCCACCGUGGCAUCCGAGGGUGACUAUGGUGAGACAGGCAUCGAAGCCUUUGAACUAGAGGCCCGCGCCCGCAACAUCUGCGUGGCCACCUCGGAGAAGGUGGGCCGCGCCAUGAGCCGUGCAGCCUUCGAGGGCGUGGUGCGAGCCCUGCUGCAGAAGCCCAGUGCCCGCGUGGCUGUCCUGUUCACCCGCUCCGAGGACGCCCGUGAGCUCCUCGCUGCCACCCAGCGCCUCAAUGCCAGCUUUACCUGGGUGGCUAGCGAUGGCUGGGGGGCCCUGGAGAGUGUGGUGGCAGGCAGCGAGGGUGCUGCUGAAGGCGCCAUCACCAUAGAGCUGGCUUCCUACCCCAUCAGCGACUUUGCCUCCUACUUCCAGAGCCUGGACCCGUGGAACAACAGCCGGAACCCCUGGUUCCGUGAGUUCUGGGAGCAGAGGUUCCACUGCAGCUUCCGACAGCAAGACUGUGCAGCUCACUCCUUGCGGGCCGUGCCCUUUGAGCAAGAGUCCAAGAUCAUGUUUGUGGUCAAUGCGGUGUAUGCCAUGGCCCAUGCCCUGCACAACAUGCAUCGCGCCCUCUGCCCCAACACCACCCGCCUCUGUGAUGCAAUGCGGCCUGUCAACGGGCGCCGCCUCUACAAAGACUUCGUGCUCAACGUCAAGUUCGAUGCCCCCUUCCGCCCAGCUGACACCCAUAGUGAAGUCCGCUUCGACCGCUUUGGGGACGGUAUUGGUCGCUACAACAUCUUCACCUACCUGCGGGCAGGCGGUGGGCGCUAUCGCUACCAGAAAGUGGGCUAUUGGGCAGAAGGCCUGACCCUGGACACCAGCCUCAUCCCGUGGGCCUCACCCUCAGCCGGUCCCCUGCCCGCCUCUCGCUGUAGUGAGCCCUGCCUCCAGAAUGAGGUGAAGAGCGUGCAGCCGGGGGAGGUCUGCUGCUGGCUCUGCAUUCCCUGCCAGCCCUACGAGUACCGGCUGGAUGAGUUCACCUGCGCUGACUGUGGCCUGGGCUACUGGCCCAACGCCAGCCUCACUGGCUGCUUCGAGCUGCCCCAGGAAUACAUCCGCUGGGGCGAUGCCUGGGCCGUGGGACCUGUCACCAUCGCCUGCCUAGGCGCCCUGGCCACCCUGUUUGUCCUGGGUGUCUUUGUGAGGCACAACGCCACCCCUGUGGUCAAGGCCUCGGGCCGAGAGCUCUGCUAUAUCCUGCUGGGCGGCGUCUUCCUCUGCUACUGCAUGACCUUCGUCUUCAUUGCCAAGCCAUCCACAGCGGUGUGCACCUUACGGCGCCUUGGUUUGGGCACUGCCUUCUCCGUCUGCUACUCAGCCCUGCUCACCAAGACCAACCGCAUUGCGCGCAUCUUCGGUGGGGCCCGGGAGGGAGCCCAGCGGCCGCGCUUCAUCAGCCCUGCCUCGCAGGUGGCCAUCUGCCUGGCCCUUAUCUCAGGCCAGCUGCUCAUCGUGGCCACCUGGCUGGUGGUGGAGGCCCCGGGCACAGGCAAGGAGACAGCCCCUGAGCGGCGGGAGGUAGUGACAUUGCGCUGCAACCACCGCGAUGCAAGCAUGCUGGGCUCGCUGGCCUACAAUGUGCUCCUCAUUGCACUCUGCACGCUCUAUGCCUUCAAGACCCGCAAGUGCCCCGAAAACUUCAAUGAGGCCAAGUUCAUCGGCUUUACCAUGUAUACCACCUGCAUUAUCUGGCUGGCCUUCCUGCCCAUCUUCUAUGUCACCUCCAGUGACUACCGGGUGCAGACCACCACCAUGUGCGUGUCGGUAAGUCUCAGUGGCUCUGUGGUGCUCGGCUGUCUGUUUGCACCCAAGCUGCACAUCAUCCUGUUUCAGCCGCAAAAGAACGUGGUCAGCCACCGCACGCCCACCAGCCGCUUCGGCAGCGCAGCUGCCAGAGCCAGCUCCAGCCUCGGCCAAGGGUCUGGCUCCCAGUUUGUCCCCACUGUUUGCAACGGCCGCGAGGUGGUGGACUCAACAACAUCGUCGCUUUGA